CAGAUGUAAACAUUAGCAAGUGUUGGGAAGACCAAAGCUCUGUCCCUGAGCCAGACUGUAUUCUCCAUCUCUGCUAUUUACCUUCUUGUUUUCGUUACAUUUCGGCUUUCCCUGUCGCUGCACUGCAUCCAGUACUUUACACGACGUUAUAGAACACAUUCCUCCAACGAUAUUCGGUGAUGCUUUGAUAAAUAAGCCUGUGAUACUAUCGUUUUAAGCGUAUUUUCCUCAAUAAUUUUUGUGUAGCGUGUUUUUAUUCAUUUUUUUCUGGUGGCAUUUCCGAAGAUGGCGAUAACAAGGAUACUUUUCUCGAUUCUUGUCGUAGCGACAUGGGUCGUGAGAGGAGACGCAGGGCAAGACGCCCCUGUCGCGAACACGGAGGAAGGGCGCGUCGUUGGAAUUCAGGAGCUGUCGACGAAAGGGAAGACCUUCUUCUCGUACUAUUCGAUCCCCUUCGCCCAGCCUCCCGUGGGAGGACUGAGGUUCAAGGAUCCCGUCCCAGCAUCCAGCUGGGAUGGCAUCUUGGACAGCAGGUCAGUUCCUCCUCUGUGUCUUCAAAUUCCCUUCAUGUCAGUGGGCUUUGGUAACAUAAGUCUCGUAGGACAAGAGGAUUGCCUCUUCUUGAACGUCUUCACCCACAAGCUCGACGAGGCUGGAAGCAACAGGAGGAGGCCAGUGCUCGUCUUCGUUCACGGCGGAGGGUUCUUUUCUGGGGGCACGGCUGACUACCUUCCUCACGUCCUGAUGAACGAAGAAAUCGUCUUCGUGACUCUCCAGUAUAGGUUGGGAAUCCUAGGUUUCCUCUCGACAGAAAACGACCUCAUUUCAGGAAACUUCGGCCUGAAAGACCAGACCGAAGCCCUGCGUUGGGUCCAGAGGAAUAUCGCCCACUUCGGCGGGGAUCCUGGUAGGGUGACGAUCUUCGGCGAGAGCGCAGGAGCAGCGUCCGUCCAUUUUCAAAUUCUGAGCCCAAAAUCGAAAGGAUUAUUCCAACGUGCCAUUCUGCAGUCUGGCACCGCCAUGUGCCCCUGGGCGCUUGGGGCUGCCCAUAUUGAAGUGGCCAGACACACUUCAAAGUUGGUCAACUGCCCCUCUCGACCGGGACCUGAGAUGAUCAGGUGCCUUCAGGAAGCACCGGCAGAGGAGCUCGCCAUAACGCUCAAGGAAUACUUUGGAUGGAUCCAUCGUCCUUUAUUGCUGGGUCCACGUGUGGACGGUGAUUACCUACCUGCUGAGCCAGACGUUCUCAUGAAGGAGGGGACAUUCGCCAAGAUGGACAUCAUCUCUGGAAUUACGUCCCAUGAAGGCGGACUUUUCGCCUUACCUAUGUAUGCAAAGGACGAACUCAGACGAGCCUUGGAGGACAAUUUCAGCCAGAUAGGACCAGUAGCCCUAGAAUUUGGACCUCUGGAUUACCAUCCUUCAGAGUGCGCGCGGAAGGUGUUCGAGUAUUACCUUGGUGGCGUCCACUUUGAUCAUUCAAAUGCAGAUGACGUCGUGAAGAUGUUCACGGACAGACACUUUGCAGUUUGUCACGACCUCGUCACGAUGCUGCAUUCAAAAAACGACGUUGAGCAUAAAACGUACAGGUAUGAACUCGAGUACAGAGGUGGGCUGUCAGUAGCUGACAGAUUUAACUUGAGCUUCGCCAAGCACUGGGUGACUCACGUAGACGACAUCUUCUACUUGUUCAAGGGCGGGAGGUGGCAGCCCCUGACUCACCCCAGGGAUCUGGAACUGAGGGACAUUUUCACGAGGUUAUGGGCGAACUUUGCCGAGACAGGAAAUCCCACUCCAGACAGCUCGAUGGGAUUUACCUGGGAGCCGUCUUCAGAGAGUAACCUCCACUACCUGUCCUUAACGACGUCUCCCCUGAUGACGCCUGAUAGACGAGAACAGGUCCGAGACUUCUUCGCCACUCUUCCUCUGCACCAGAACCAGAUCCUACAAGGCAGGUAUCCCUCGCAGUUUCUCACGACCCACCCGCCCGAAGAGGAACCCGAUUCCGUCACUCAUCUGCCGCCCACGACUACGCCCACGACCCAUUUCGCCGACAGCGUAGACCAUAUCGACAGCUCGGAGGAGAGAGAGUGGAAACCUUCGAAAAUCCGAAGGGACGAACUUUAGAUGAAAUGUUGUUAAUUGUUUUUUAAAUGCUGUUGAAUUGAGCAUUUUUUUUUAAGAUGCUGUUUUAAUGAGAGCUUUCAUCUUGAUUUGUUUUCUUAGUGUUUAUUUGUACUAUAUUUUGAUUUCUGUUGAAUUUGCUACAACGCAUAGUUUUGUGAAAAUCCUCAAAAUUUUUGUGUCAAGAUCCACAGGGUUUUGUAAUAAUGCUAUGGAUCAGUACUUUACCCUACUACUAUAAAACUUUGCCAGAACGAACUUUGUCUGAAUGAAAUAUUACUACAAUUUUCAAAAAUUGAUAUUCAACACAGACACGCACAAAUUUCUGAAUUCAGAAAUUUUACACAAAGGUUGUAGAUGUCUGUAGGAUGUGACGAUAAUCCAAGAUGGCUGAACAUCGCAUGCUGGCGAAGAAGACUGACUUAAACAGAAUCAUUAUGCUCUCAACGGUAAUCCCCGAUUGACUAUACCACUCUGAAGCAGACGCUGUGUGUGCGUGCGUGUGUGUGUGUGUGUGUGUGUGUGUGUGUGUGUCCCUGGAAGUUUGUUUCUUAAGCCGCAGGAAUGCUUUUGACAAAGCAACACUCGAGAGUAGUGGUGGUAUAGUGACGACGAAGUUCUAGAGAAACUCUGCCUCCCAUGGGAACUAUGUGAGCAGGUCGACGUGAUAUGCCAGGAACGCCGAAGGGGGCUGCAAUUUGCAUCCAUUGCAAGGCUUUAGAAUUUGGGAAACUUCUCUCUCUCUCUCUCUCUCUCUCUCUCUCUCUCUCUCUCUCUCUCUCUCUCUCUCUCUCUAUAGACGUUACAGGUACCUUCCAACCUCUAGUGUGGCUUGUGUGGUUCUUGGUACUAUAUGCUGGUAUUAAAGUUAAUAGAGUAAACGAGAAUAAAGAGGAAGGGGAAAGAUUGAGGUAUAUAUAUAUAUAUAUAUAUAUAUAUAUAUAUAUAUAUAUAUAUAUAUAUAUAUAUAUAUAGGGAAACGUUAGUUUAUGACCAUAUAUUAUGCUGAUAGGGUAUAUAGUUAUUCUACGUUUUAAGACGAAAAAUUAAAGACAGGCAAAAUUUUAUAGAAGGAAGGAAAAUUCCGAUGUUACUUGUGUUUUGGUAAGGAAAUACACCAGAUUUAUAA